AUGCCCGCUCAGCUUCCUACUCGCAAGAUCGGUACGACAGACGUCUCCUCCAUUGGUUUUGGUGCCAUGGGCAUUGGAGGCUUCUCCUACAGCUCUACUGAUGCCGAGAAGGAUAACAUGAAGUUUUUGGACGAGGUCUAUGAGCGGGGUUGCCGCAUGUGGGAUACAGCCGAUUGCUACGGCGAUUCUGAGAAGAUAAUUGGGCAAUGGUUCAAACGUACCGGAAAGCGUAACGAGAUAUUCAUCUGUACCAAGGUCGGAUACGUCUUCGGUGACCGGGUGGUCAACGGCGAGCCAGAGUACCUCAAGUCCGCCGUCGAGAAGUCCCUCGGCCGUCUCGGUGUCGACCAAAUCGACCUCUUGUACCUCCACAGGGCUGAUCUCCAGACGCCCAUCGAGAAAUCGAUCGAGGCAUUGGCAGAAUUUGUUAAGGCUGGCAAGGUCAAGUACUUGGGUGUCUCUGAGGCUUCCGCCGCUGCCCUCCGCCGUGCCCAUUCUGUCCAUCCCAUCUCCGCCUACCAAGUCGAAUACUCUCCAUUCGCCCUCGAUGUCGAGGAUCCCAAGAUCGGCAUCAUGCAGACGUGCAAGGAGUUGAACAUCACCCUUGUCGCCUACUCCCCUCUCGCCCGUGGUGUCCUCACCGGUCAAUACAAAUCACCGAAAGACUUCCCCGAGGGUGACACCCGCCCAUUCAUGCCCCGCUUUUCUGAGGAGAACUUCCCCAACAUCCUUCAGCUCGUCGAGGACAUCGACAACGUUGGUAAAAAGCACAAUGCCACCGCCGCCCAAGUCACUCUCGCUUGGCUCAUGGCCCAGGGAGAGAACGUCAUUCCUAUCCCUGGUACCCGCAACGUCAAGCGUCUCGACGAGAACCUUGGUGCUGCUACGGUGAAGCUCACUCCGGAGGAGGUCGCCACCCUUAGGAAAGCAGCAGAGAAGGCAGAUCUUCCGGGUGUUCCUCGCUACCCUCCCGGCUUCAACGACCACACCUUCAUCGAUAGCCCUUCGUUGUAG